GCUGACCCCGCACUGUCGCUCCACCAAAUCACCAUUUCCUUAUCCUGUCCUCUUCCCCCCCCCUCACUCUGUCACGAUGUCAUCCUCCGGAACUAUGAAGGCAGUCGUGGUCAAGGAGCCCUACAAAGUCGUCGUCGAACAGCGCCCGAUCCCCAAGCCGCAAGAUGCGCAUGAUGUCGUAGUCAAGGUAGAGCUCGCGGCUCUGUGCGGGUCGGAUUUGCACGUCUAUCGUGGCCAUCAGCCUACCAGCUAUGAUUUUAUCAUGGGUCAUGAGCUGGUAGGCCACGUUCACGAGGUCGGCGAGGGGGUCAAGACCUUCAAGAAGGGCGACUACGUCGUCUGCCCAUUCACAGUCAGCUGCGGCAACUGCUUCUACUGCACCCGCUCGCGUACCUCGCGCUGCGAGUCCUCCAAGCUUCUAGGCUGCGCAGUCCUCGACGGCGCACAAGCAGAGUACAUCCGCAUUCCCAUGGGAGAGACCUCCCUCUUCCACGCCCCAACAACCGUGCCCAAGGAGUCGCUCAUCUUGAUGGCGGACAUCUUCCCAACCGGCUACUUCGUUUCGCGCAACGCCUAUGAGAUGAUGAACGAAGCCGAACGUCAGGACACCACCGCCAUUGUAAUCGGCUGCGGGCCCGUAGGCCUCUGCGCAGUAACGGCCGCCACGCACUUCUUCAAGAACGUCUACGCAGUCGACUCGGUACCCGAGCGUCUCGCCGCAGCAAGGAAGCACGGCGCCAAGGAUGCGUGGAACUUCAAGGAGGUCGACGUACCAGCCAAGGUCAAGGAGCUCACCAAGGGUCGAGGGGCGGAUGCGGUGCUUGAGGUUGUGGGGCAUCUCUCUGCGCUGGAGAUGGGAGUACAGAUUGUGAGACCUUGGGGUAUCAUCAGCUCGUGCGGGAUCCACACGCAUGAGGUCAAGCUCAAAGGUUUGGACCUGUACAACAAGAACAUCCGAUUCCAAUUCGGCCGUUGCCCAGUUCGGGCGCUCUUCGGGGACGCAUUGGAGAUGUUGGCGCAACAUGGUGAGAUGUUCAAGGGCUUCGUGGAGAAUACCGUGUCUAUUGAUGAGGCGGAAAAGUGGUAUGAGUUGUUUGAGCAAAACAAAUGUCUCAAGACGGCAUUCAAGAUGUCCUAGCCUCUCUCACUCUUGCGGAGCCGUAUGCUGUCCCACAGGAAUCGCAAUUCUUGAGCUACGACGUCUGGCCUUGCCGUUUGAAUGAAGUGGUCUGCGCCACCAGCGACAAGAGGCCCACGAGCCCGCUCUGGUGUCGUGAGAGUGAGAAGAGAGCGGUUGUAC